AUGCCACACAAAGAAGGCACCAAAAGAAAGAGAAACAACAAGAAACCGCAUCAACACAACAACAAACGCAAAAAAAAGCAACAUUCCCAAAACAGUACGGCUACUUCCAGCAGUGUUUCACAACAAGGAUCAAAUUCUUCUACUUCAUCCACCCAACAAAUACAUUCCAAUCAUUUGAAAAAUCAUCAAUCCAACAGCAACACCCUUCAAGCAGCAAGAAUAAGAGUGGUAGUACUUCCUCUUCAUCAAGAAACAAAAAGGAAGAAGAAAAAGACCUCUCUCCAUCAGCAACUAACACCAUUGCAAAAAGAAUCUGUGCACUCGGAUCAAGACAUUUCUUCUUCCGAGACUUCAACCCAUAGAAGCGUCAUUGUAAAUAGUUCCACUCCCACAAUUACACCCGUGAACGAGAACCAAAAUAUUGCUUCCUUUACUUCCGUGGUUUCCUCUUCAUUGUCAUCACCAGCCUCUUCUUCGUCGUCAUCGAACAGACCUUCACAUUGGCAAGUCGUGCGCUCGCUCAAAGGCUUCAAACCAAAAUCAAAAAACAAAAAAAAUUCUAAAAAUACUACUCCACUGUUCAACAACACAACCUCAAGCAGCACAAAUUCGAAUUCGGAACAAAGCAGCGAUCAAGAAGAAUACUUUGAAACAGAUAGCGAAAGCAUCAUGUCAGAAAACUCAUCCACCCAAACUAACACAUUCCAAUCAACAUUGGAGAACAUCAUUCAAAAUUAUGGACAUCAAAUCGCGAGAGGAACUGCUGUUCCUACAGAACAAUUGGAAGAAAUAAUUCAGGGGCUGAAGGAUUACAGCGACCCAACAAGACAAUUUGAUUCUGUAUCAGAGCUUUGUAACAUUAUUGCCAUAUCCAAUGAACAAACUCUAUCUAGAAUGGGCAUUGAUCGUUUUAUUCCCGAGUUGUUAAAUAUAUUGUCCAACAAUGAGAGUUAUGAUCUCAUGGUGUUAUCAGCAAGGACUCUUCUCAACACCAUGGAUAUUUACCCUGCUUCAUGCUCCAUUGUAGCAUCCAAUGGUGGUGUCAAUGUUAUUUCGCAAAAAAUUCUUUCCAUUGAAUACAUAGAUUUAGCAGAACUGUCUAUUCAGAUGGUAGAGCAUUUAGCUCACCAAUAUGGGUCCACAUUGCUUCAAGAAGGCGUAUUGAUGGCUUCACUUACUUACAUUGACUUUUUCGGUAUGGAUAUGCAAAAGAAGAUAUUGAGAAUUGCAUCAUCAUUAUGUAAAUCAAUUUCCAAGUCUCAAUACGAGCUAGCAUGUGACGUACUUCCAACUAUUUCAAGAUUUUUAUCAAACUCUGAACAUUCCAUGACCGACAGUGCUAUAUUUUGUCUAACAAGAAUUGUUUAUCCAUUUUUAAAGGAUGACGAAAAGCUCUUAAAUAUUUGCAACUCAUCUGAACUUUUGAGCCAUGCCACUGAGAUUUUAUCUAAUGACAAAGCUUCCAAGAACACCAUCAGCUUAAUGUUGAAGCUGCUCAAAUCAGUAUCUGUGUGCUCACAAUUAGUGAAAGAUAUCUAUGAAAGAGGUUUUAUGCAUUUACUUACAGGUCUACUCUCUCCAGAAAGAGGGUUACAUGAAUGUUUAAUUGACACUUUGUACUUUAUUCUUGCCUUGCUUCCCAAAUUGCCAAGAAAAGAUGAGCUCGCAUGCCAAAUGUCUCAUUCUCAAAGAAAGAAAUUACUUGUUAGGAUGACAGAAGUGAAACCUCCCAAUCAAUCAACAAUAGAAGAACCUAAUACGCCCCAGGAUAAACUCGAAGCGCUGUUCACAGAACAACCAACACUAUUACAAACAGCAUCAGAGGUAUUACUGGAGCCUCUUAUCCACAUCUUCUCAUCCAAUCAAAACGAUCAUGUUAGCAAUAUUCUUUUGCAAAUUAUUGGUACCAUCAUUUAUUUCUCUCCCUCUCAAAUGUUGGUUGAAACCUUGAAAGACAUUCCAUUUUCAACGUUCCUUGCGUCUCUACUUUCUAGCGAUGAUAUUUCACGAGUGAGCACUGCUUUGCAAAUAUCAGAGAUUUUGUCAUGCAAACUCCCUUCCAUUUUCGACAUGUAUUUCUUGCGAGAGGGAGUUAUUCAUAGAAUUAAAGCCAUUGGAGGAAGAGAGCCAAAUUCGUCAGAGGAGUUUUUACUUGAUCAAAUGCGAAAAAAGACAGAAGAGACAUAUCAAAAAGCAGAGCAAGAAAGAAAGGAAAAAGAAGAAAGGCUGAAAAAAGAAGCUAUUGAAAAGAACGAAAAGAUCAAAAACAAGUCAAAUAACUCUCAAAGUAGCGAAUCGGAAACAGAAGAACAAUACCAAGAUCCAGAAAAAAUUUCAGUGUCAUGGGUCGAACCUCAUGUUGACAUUCCCAAGCUUCCUAAGCUUAGCCGGCUUUACUGUGAGAAGCACAAAAAAUCAUCAUUUAAAAGCAGUGAAUUGGUGGGUUAUGCUGUCGCUAAAGCUCAGUUGAUUUUCGACAAAUAUUAUGAACGGACAAAAGAUGUAGAAAUGGAAAGCAAAAAUUUUGUGAAGCUCAAAGCAAUUGCCAGCUCUUUGGAAAAGACAAUUUUGGCCAAAGAUAUAAAUGUAGAACUUGAAGAAUCACUUCUUCUCCAAAUUAGAGAACUCAUAAUUUCCGAGGAUGGUAUAUCUAAUUUUGAGUUUUUAAAUAGUGGGGUGGCUCAUGCGAUUUAUGAGUAUUUAUCAAGAAAAGACGGUAAUAGAUCCGUGAAAGAACGACUUUUUUUGUUUGCUAGAAUACUUGACGAGGAUUUACCAAAAACUGCUGCUUCGUUAACAAGAACUCGAUCUAAGAGCUUUGGUAAUGCCAACGACAUGCUAACAGCUGUUUCUAACACUGAUAACAAGAGUAUUACUGCCAACCCUACAUAUCUAACGGAACUUGUGAAAAAGCUAUUUGAUGCCUUCAAUUCUGUGGAAAAUUUCAAUAUUAAUGUAUCUGAAACGAGCUCUAUUGCUUCUAAUGUCAAUGCUGUUAUCAACAAGUUAUCAAAGCAGUUUAAAUUGUCAUUAACGGACGAACAAAGCAAGAAAGUGAUUACUCUUCAAGUUCAUCCUCUAGCUAGAGUUAGAGAGGUUGGUACUUUUUUAAUUUCUAAAGCAGGAGAAACACCAAAAGAGGAGCCUGAAGUACUGAACUCUGAAAGUACUGACACCAGUUAUUUCCAUUUGACCGAACGUGAUGACGACGAGUUUAUUGGAACUGUUAGCACCAUUGAUAUUGAAACACCAGCGUCAGAAGCAGAUACAUCAUUUUUAUCUGCUGACACGAUGGUAGAUGAAGAGAAAUCUGUUAAAUACGUCCAAUUAUAUUUGAAUGGAAAGUUGGUGGAUGAAAACAGUACUUUGUUUUCAAUAUUUUUCAAAAACAGUUCAUCUUCAUCACACCCUUCAAACCUCAACCUUGCAGACACAACUCAAAAUUUGACUUUUAAAAUUGUAGACACUAAGGAGGUGCAUGAUAGCGAUGUAAUCAUGGAUACCAAUACCACUUUGAAAACGUCCAAAGCGGAAUCUCUAGUGAACAGCAUUAUACAACACUGUAACGACAAUCAAAAGAUACAAGAAGAGAAUAUCGAAAAGGAUGCAAUUGAGUUGCUUGAUCUGUUGAAAAUUUUGAAUUGUUUGAGCAAAAUUGCUCCCAUUCUUCCUCAUAAUGAGAAGAACAUGAAGCGUGUACUUGUUCCUUCUAGCAUGUUUUUAAACCCUAAACUGGCAUCAAAAAUUGUACGAUAUAUCCAAGACCCGUACUACUUGUUUGGAGACUGUUUCCCUUCAUGGCUGUACAUGCUCAUGGAAAGAUAUAAUUUUAUGUUCACAUUUGAUGUCAGACAAUUAUACUUUGACUUAACUUCUAAAGGAAUUGCAAGAGCUAUCCAAACCAUUCAAAACCGAUUUUCCAAGUCCAGAGAUCGAAAAACUAGAUUGAUUCAAAUUGGAAAACAAAAAGUUAGACUUUCUAGAUCCCCAAAUAUACUCGAAAGCGCGUACAAGGCCUUUACAUCGGUUGAAACAAACAGAAUAGUUGAGUUUGAAUUCAAAGACGAAGUAGGUACAGGAACUGGUCCAACAACAGAACUCUAUUCAUUAGUAUCUCGAGAUUUACAACAACAAGGUCUCUCAAUAUUUAAGGAUGACUUUGUUGGAGAACAUGAGGAAAAAGAAAAAUUCAGCAGAUUGGUGGAAACCAAAACUGGGCUCUAUCCAAAUUUAAGAAGCUCAACAAUGGUAAAAUUGAUGAUAGAGAUGCGAAUCUAUUUUACUUUUUGGGUGUGUUCCUAG